GAUUAUGUGGCAACGAUUGCAAGCAACAUUGCUGAUGUUGACAUGGAUAAGCUCCGGGAGGCCGAGGAUGAAGAGGACGCUGUGAGUCAAUUCGUUAUGUCCUUUGAGCGACAGCUGAACAACGUGGAAUUAGAUGAUGGAGAAUCUAUCAGCAUCACAAGACCUAACGUUGCACUACAGAUCCGGAGUGUAGCAGCUGAUGACUUCAGCCAAGGUCUGGUCAUAACGCUAGAUCUCCCCACUUCAAGUACUCAAGAACUGACAGCAUCUAACAUCAGCCUGCACAACGCAACGGAUUUCAAUAGACGGGACCAAAUAAAUAAUACCGCAGCUCAAGUAAGCAUCCCAAAAGAGAUCUUCUCCACUCCUUCAUCAUCGUCUCAAACUUCAACCUCCGAUUUCGAUAUGCCGAACAACGAGAGCCACUACCAGAAACUGGUUUUCAACGUCUACUCCUCGCCAUCCCUUCAUAUAUCCAGGUCAUUACAUAAUAUCAGCGAGAGUCCAGAAGGUUCCAACCGAUCGGCCAAUACACUUGUUCUUUCUCUCAAAAUUGGAAGGAGAAAGGUGGAGAUGGUAAACGAGUUGAUAAACUUCACCUUUACACCACUGAAGCCUGGCCGCAAUGCAGUUUGUACAUUCUGGGAUGAAGACCUAACAGACUGGUCUCCAGAUGGAUGCAGGCUGCUUUCACAUAGUCUACCGAGUCGCUUUGACGCAGACGAGUCGUCCAAUGCAACUGGUUACGGUAGAGUCGUGUGUGGAUGCAACCAUCUCACUAGUUUUGCGGUGUUAAUGGACAUAUAUCAUGAGGAGCCUUUCUUUGAACGCGUGUAUAGAAACUUAAGUUACAUCGGAUGUGGCAUCUCCAUUGUCAGCUUAAUCAUUACGGUGGGAGCCUAUCUAUCAAACAGAGUGUUGAGGAAGCAACAAAGAUUCAAGAUUCUCAUCCUUCUCUGCCUCACUCUACUCUUACUCUACAUCUCCUUCGUCAUCAUGCUCGUCCUCGACUCGACGCGAAACCGUCGCGAGGUUGCUCCGAUCCCAUGCGCCAUUUUGACGGCCGUCAUCCAUUUCUCCCUGCUGUCCUCGAUGGCCUGGAUGGGUCUCGAAGGCUUAAAUGCUUAUUUGCACAUCAUCAAGAUCUUUGAUACGUAUAUUCCGAGAUUCAUGCAGAAAGCGACACUGGCUGCUUGGGGUAUCCCUGCAUUGGUCGUCAUCGUGACUGGGGCGGCUGCAAGACAAAAGUACGCCCAUCACGAUCGGUGUUUCCUCCAGUUCUGGUCUCAGAUUGGAGGACUCCUCAUCCCAAUCGGGGUCAUCCUCCUCGUCAACAUCGUCAUCUUCUCCAUGGUUAUCGUCCGGUUGGUCCGAUCAGCAAAUCCUGAAGGUCUAGUGAGGAAAGACAAGAAAGAUGAACGUCGGGAAACCAUCCACCGAGUCAAGAUCGCCAUCUCUAACCUUGUCAUUCUGGGCUUGACUUGGACAGCUGGUUUUCUGCUCUUCAUCGACAAAAUAAGCAAGAUUGCAGAGGGACUCUUUAUCGUUUUAAACGCGCUUCAGGGCUUCUUCAUAUUCCUUCUGUACUUUGUCCGCAUGCCAUUCUUCCGCAAAAAAAUGUGCAAGACCUGCCGAAGUGGCAAGCACGGACGAGAGGUCGCCUCGAGUCAACUUUACAUUAGUGAAACUGCAUCCUCAUCCUCAUCCUCAACGAAAGCAACAUUCGAGCUGACAUUCAAGCCGACAUCGGGGCCGACAUCGAGGGGAAACGUUGAUGCAGUGGAUGGUGGCGAAGGAGGAAGGCCGAGGAAAUAUAAAUCAGGGAAUGGAGAAGCCCUACCGCCGGCUUUCAUCGAAAUGAAUAAUGUUGGUAUCAUACAUUUGAAAAUGUUACAAGGACCCCAAAAGUUUGAUUAUUACUGAUACAUCGGGCCCUAUAUAGCUGACGCAAAAUAUUUACCAUAAUGAUACAUCUCUAGUGCUCACACCCACCACGCAAAGUGCUCAAAGCGCUUAAGAUGAAUGUCUUGC